CCACCACGGUCUGGUUGUGGGAGGCCACAUGGGAGGGGAGCCUGAGCACCUGAGUGUCCUGGUCCUUGCAGGAGGCGAGGGCGAUCGUGAAGCAACAGCUGUUGGCCCUCACGGGAUGCCAGUAUAGGAAGAAGCAGGGCAUGGUCCCAUUCCUUGGAUUGUUUCUACGUGACGUGCCCGUCGACCAACUCCCGGAAAAUAACGAUGGUGACGGGAUGAGAGAGAGACAGUUGAGCACCCAGUCACAGAAGGUCACUGUCAUCCUACAUGAGAUGACGAUAUACCAGCACGUGGCCAGGCUGUAUGACCUGGAGCCCGAGGAGCACAUCAUGUCAUUUCUCCAGGCCGUGGAGCCCCUGGAUGAGGAGGAGAGCUACAGCCUGUCCUGCCAGCUGGAGCCCCCAGGCCAGGGCGCUGGCAUAAAGGGACUGUUGCAGUUCUUCAGGUCCCACAAGAUUUAAACUUCCUGGCCAGGACCAGCUUCUGUCAUCGGGCCCUCGGCCCUGCUGGUGUCCUGGAUGCAUGAGGAGGAGAGCUUCUUCCCCUUCGGACAGGCGGCACCUGGCGCCCCAGGACCCCAGUCUGCUUGCUGCUCCUCUUACUCCCGCUGCUCAUCCUGAGCCUCUGCUGGGGCAGGUGCUCUGGCACCUCCUCCAUCAGCAGACUUGGG